AUGUCGACAUUCCGAUACAUAUCACCCACGAAGCAGUACCAGCCGGGAACAAAACUAGAACUAUGGCCGUACAAGCCCGCAGAACCCCACGGACGCUCACAGUACACGCGCAAUCCGUUGCCCCGCGACUUCCAUCCAGGUUGGAUGAGAAACUUUGACCCAACAACUCUAAACAACAGAGCCGAGGAAGCCGCAGUCAUCGAGAUUGACGACAUGAUUCACGGCGGUGACAAUCAUCUUGCCCAAAUCCUUGCCUGCAAUCUGGUCGAAGCCCCCAAGCAUCAACAAUCACCGGAAGAACUCACUCAGUUGACCAAGGACGGCAAGCCUGUCAAGGUGCAAAUUGCUGCAGAGAUCUUCGAUCCAGAAUUUUACCCUGGUAGCACAGGUGCUCCCUACGACAAUGACGAGCAAGCUGACGGAAAUCUGAGUUGCGCAGAUGCAGCUCUCAGACAUCUCUUCACCAAGGGCUUAACAGGUCAUCUCCACUUUGCGCCUCAGUAUUAUGGCUGCUGGGUUGCACGCAUCCAAGCCCGACAGAGAUCUACUGGCCGUGUGACUGAACGCUUCGUUGGUGUUGUUCUGAGGGAGCAUAUAAUCGGCCAUUCAAUCGAGGCUCUCUGUCAUAGGGACAAAUAUGGUCAGCUACUCCCUUUCGAGGGUCGUGUCUUCUUUCACGAUUCCGAUGAUGCGGAAUAG